UUUGCCGGAAACUCAAGUAAGGGUAUCAAACAAAAUCAGUAACUCACCAAUUCAUCCAAACAAAAUCCGUCUUUAUCAAUAUGUCAUCGAAUAUGGAAUGGAUUCUGAGAAAUUUUCGGUCAUUACUGAAGCUGAGAAAAAUCAAUGGGACAUGGAGUGUUUUCCUGCUGACUUGGAAAGAGAUAUAUGCCUUUAUUACGGAGGAAUAAAAAGGAAUGAAGAUACCAGAAAAUAUCAUAAAUUUUUAACAGAUCGGAAUAGGCUGGUUGGUGAAGAGUUAUUACGUCGCAGUAUAGCAAAGAGUGGUUUAAGUAUUGCAUGGCUCGAUAAUCUUAUGGAAGAAUGGGAAAAAAUCCACACUCAAUUUGUACAAAUUUUUAACUAG